CUGCCUGGCGGCACACCCUAAUGGACGCGUCACCGGGCGUGACGCAGAGCACGCGUCAGCAGCAGCGGCAGCGUCCAUCAGCCCGCGCCCGGGGUGUCGUCAUCAGCCGGCGCCGAGCAGGCGGUGAGGCCGGUGGAGGUGGCUGCGCAGAACAUGGAUUCACAGAAGGAUGUUCAGCCUCCAAAGCAGCAGCCAAUGAUUUACAUUUGUGGAGAAUGUCAUACAGAAAAUGAAAUAAAGGCGAGAGAUCCUAUCAGAUGCAGAGAAUGUGGCUACAGAAUAAUGUACAAGAAAAGGACAAAAAGAUUGGUGGUUUUUGAUGCCCGGUGAUUUCUGCAGAAGAUGUAGUGCCUUUAUGCUGCAGUUUAUUCUUGCUGAUAACUUUACUCUGUAAAUCCAUUGGUGUACAAAUGCACAUGCUUAUUUGUGUUUUAAGAUAUUGAAGUAUUAAAGUUAACUGUGAUACUAAA